GUGCUGUACGUCAAGAAUGUUAUGUCGCCCGAUUAUCGGUACAACUCUCUCGUCUUGGAAAAAAAAACGGUCUCGUGCGAUGUGACAGGCUCGGAUGAAAACAAUUGUGCGGAUUUUACAAAAUUGAAAGACAGAAGCGAUGGUUCUGUUACCUCUGAUGUCAAUCUCGUCGUUGUCGGUACGUUUGAGAAAUCUCGCAGGAGUGACAUUUCGAAGAGAUUUUAUUAGGAGUCGCUCAUAUACACAUGCUUUGCCGCCGACGAUCUUGACAAAAAUCUUCGGGAGUAAUAAAGGAAAGACUUUCGGGAAAGAGGCGACCGCAGGCUCGAAUUCGUUAUUUGCUUCGCCAUGUUUGCGAGAAGAAUUAUUUUGCAAGACGUCGGAACCAGUCAGAGAUUGUUGCCACAAAGUCGCUAUUGUCGGGGCUGGUAUGGUCGGUAUUUCCGUCGCCAGUUCGCUUCUUUUUCAGCGAAUUACAUCGCAAAUUGCGAUGGUAGAUCCAUUUCCUAAGAAGCUGGAAGGCGAUGGACUGGAUUUCCUUCAUGGUUCGAUAUUUAUGAGAGAUCCAAAGAUCGAAUUCGAUACAGAUUUUUGUAUAACAGCUAAUUCGAAAGUCGUAGUUAUUUGCGUGGGCGCACGGCCAACAAAGGGUGGGACACGACUCGACGUGGUACACAAAAAUACAGAGAUAAUAAAAGAAAUAAUACCAAUUUUAGUGAAUUACAGCCCGAACGCGGUGUUCGUCGUCGUCUCCAAUCCAGUGGAUAUUAUGUCGUGGAUCACGUGGAAGAUAAGCGGAUUACCGAUUCACCAAGUGAUCGGCAGCGGAACUUACAUCGAUAGCGCGAGAUUUCGUUUUAUGAUUGGCGAUCGAUUAGGAAUAGCACCGAGUUCAGUUCAGGCGUACAUAAUCGGUGAACACGGGGACAGUAUGGUUCCACUUUGGUCGGGAGUAAGCAUCGCGGGAGUUCAAUUUCGUGAUGUCAUUCCGAAUAUCGGUCUGGAGACCGAUGAUGAAAAGUGGCACGAAUUGUCGAAAGAAGUUGUGACGCUAGGUGCUGUGGUGCGUUGUUUGAAAGGAUACACGAAUAUCGCUAUUGGACUCUCUGCAUCUGACAUUGUAGCAUCGAUAUUAUACAAUACGCAAAAUGUUAUACCUGUUUCGACCCAAGUACAGGGUCACCAUGAUAUAGAUCACGACAUGUUCCUCUCCCUACCUUGCGUCAUUGGCGAAAAUGGUAUUACACAUGUCAUACGAAUGCAUAUAACUGAAUAUGAGAAAAAGUUGCUUCAUUCAUCGGCAAACGGCGUGUUUAACGUGCAGAAAAAAAUCAAAGUGAAUCUUAAAAAAUCUUGAAUAAUGACGAGUGAAACGAACUAUACGAGUAUUUUGUUUUAAUUCCUUGUAAAAAGCGCUAU